GAAGGAGUUAUUGAGAUCCCUGCAAAGGAGGAUGAAAAUGAAAUUUCAACAGAUAAAAUUAUUUUUGAGAAUCUAGAAGAGAGGAUGGCCGAACAUAUAAGGCCAUUAUACAUUUAUGCUCACAUGGAUGGGAUGCCAGUUAAUCGAGUUCUAGUGGACAAUGGUGUUGCUGUCAAGGUGUUGCCAACUUGUAUGUUACACAAAAUUGGCAAAUCUUUGAAAGAUUUGAUGGAGAUAGAAGUGACAAUCAGUGACUUUACAUGUGGAGUAAAUUGCUCAAGGGGAAUUCUGCCAGUGGAGCUCACUGUGGGAAAUAGAACUCUCAUGUGUGCAUUCUUUGUGGUUGAUACUGUAGCCACUUAUAAUGCAUUACUUAGGAGAGACUGGAUCCAUUCUAGCUGUUGUGUUCCUUCAACUUGGCACCAAAAAUUGAUAUUCUGGAAUGGUGGCAGAACUGAGGUCGUGAAAGUUGAUGAUAAACCUUUUGUGGCCAACACUAAUUCGGUGGAAGCUCGUUAUUAUGAUGAAGAAAUUGGGACCAUUCGCUUCUUUGGGAUGGACGGUAAUGGCAGACCAGUUGGAAUUACUACCAGUACUAGAUCAGCACUCACUAAACGCACAGUAAAGAAGGUUUGUGAUGAACUCCUUUGGCCUACAGCAAUUGUUCCUUUUAGGCCAAGGGAGGAGCCAGAAAUUGAAGAAAUUCCAUGAAGAGACAGUGAAUCAAUUGCUAGAAGAAAGAGGCCGUGGAAGAAAUUAAAAGGAAAUUA